UUGUUUGUGGCGGAACUUAAGACGGACGGAACAUUCAAGCUCCACAACGCCAACAGAGAGAAGCAGACAAUUGUUUGCUUUAAACUGUCCAGAAAUGGGAGAAAGUCCGGUAAGAGUCUUGGUGUGUGGAGACGUGCACGGCAGGAUUGGUGCUGUGUUCAGCAGAGUGCAGACAAUCCAGAAGAAGACAGGACAGUUUGAUCUGCUGCUGUGUGUGGGAGAAUUCUUCGGGUCGACACCAGAAGCGGAGGAAGAGUGGCAGCAGUACAAAAUUGGAGCAAAGAAAGCUCCCAUCCACACGUACAUCCUGGGCGCAGGAAGCCAGGAAACGGUUAAGAAGUUCCCCAGCGCAGACGGCUGUGAGCUGGCUGACAACAUCACAUAUUUGGGUCGCCGUGGCGUGUUCACUGGUGUGUCGGGCCUGCAGAUCGCCUACGUGAGCGGUCAGGAGGCCCAGCAGGAGCCGGCGCCCGCCCACUGCUUCACGCCCAAAGACCUAACGGCCCUGGUGGCCCCGCUGACCGGCAGCUCCAAGUUCCGAGGCGUGGACAUUCUGCUGACGUCUCAGUGGCCCAAGGGGGCGUGGCGCUUUGCUAACCAACCGGAAGUGGACACAAAGUCUUGUGGGAGCGGCGCCAUCGCCAACCUGGCGGACAAAGUGAAGCCGAGGUACCACUUUGCUGCACUAGAGGGCGCUCACUAUGAGAGGCUACCUUACAGGAAUCACGUGGUUCUGCAGGAGAACGCUCAGCAUGUCACUCGCUUCAUCGCCUUGGCAACCGUCAACAACCCCGCCAAGAAGAAGUACCUGUACGCCUUCAACAUCCUUCCCAUGAAGACCAUGGACCACACGGAGCUGGUCAAACAGCCUCAGGACGUGACGGAAAACCCUUACAGGCGCGUGGCCAAGGACAAGAAGGAGAAGUUAACAAGCAGCUUGGGCGUGGCGGCGGACGAGGAGGAGCCCAGCACGCAGUUCUUCUUCGACCUCAGCAGCGGGCAGAGCCGCGGUGGGCGGGGCCGCGGCAGGAAGAGGCCCGACUGGGACGGAGGACGCGGCGGAUCGGGACACAAACAACCUCGCAGGCACCCUCUUCCGCCUGGAACGUGCUGGUUCUGCCUGGCCAGCCCUCAGGUGGAGAAACACCUGGUGGUCAGCAUCGGAACACACUGCUACUUAGCGCUGGCCAAAGGCGGGCUGACCUCAGGUCACGUGCUGGUCCUGCCCAUCGGCCACUACCAGUCCGUGGUGGACUUGGCCUCGGAGGUCCUGGCGGAGAUGGACAAGUACAAGGCGGCCCUCAGGAGCUUCUACAAAAGCCGAGGCGAGCGCUGUGUGCUCUUUGAGAGGAACUACAGGAGCCAGCACCUGCAGCUUCAGGUGGUCCCAGUCCCGCUGGACCGCUGCGCCACUGAGGACAUCAAGGAGGCCUUCAUGGUCCAGGCUCAGGAGCAGCAGAUGGAGCUGAUGGAGAUUCCACAACACAGCGACCUCAAACAGAUCGCUCCGCCCGGGACGCCGUACUUUUACGUGGAGCUGGAUUCGGGCGAGAAGCUCUUCUACCGCAUCCAGAAACAUUUCCCGCUGCAGUUUGGAAGGGAGGUCCUGGCCAGCGAGGCGCUGCUGAACAUCCCCACCAGGGCCGACUGGAAGGAGUGCAAGCAAAGCCGCGAGGAAGAGGAAGCGGCGUGCGCGCGGCUGCGAGACCAAUUUCAACCGUACGACUUUGCUCUUGAGGACUGAUCUUUAUUUUGAAAUGAUUAUUUUGUAAAUAAAUUAAAAAAAAAACUAAA